AUGAUGGGAAAGACUGCUGCCUUUGUUAUCCCGACGUUAGAACGAACGAAUCCCAAAAAUUCCAAAACACAAGCCCUCAUCCUGGUCCCUACAAGAGAACUCGCUCUUCAAACAUCGCAAGUGUGCAAGACACUCGGGAAACAUCUUGGUAUCAAUGUUAUGGUCACGACUGGUGGCACGGGCCUUCAGGAUGAUAUUAUACGCCUGAAUGAAGCAGUUCACAUCAUCGUUGGCACUCCUGGGAGAAUACUGGAUCUUGCUAGUAAAGGUGUGGCAGACUUGUCAGAGUGUUCGACUUUUGUUAUGGACGAGGCGGACAAGCUUCUCUCACCCGAGUUCACCCCGGUUAUCGAACAGCUUCUGUCGUUCCAUCCCAAGGACCGUCAAGUAAUGCUUUUCAGCGCAACAUUCCCAAUGAUCGUCAAAUCUUUCAAGGACAAACAUAUGAGGAAUCCUUACGAGAUCAACCUCAUGGACGAGCUUACACUUCGGGGCAUCACGCAGUAUUAUGCGUUCGUCGAAGAAAAGCAAAAA